AGCUGUAAGUUUCUCGAACGUUCUCAUGGCCGGCGCACGGCCCCGUACGCUCUCCUAUAUCCGGAAAACACGACACGACUCCAGCGCCGACUCCACGUCCCCCCUCGUCGCCGGGACACGCGUCCGCCGAGCGCCGCUGCCCACUUUAUUUCAGCCUCUCACUUGACGCCACCGGCUUCCGUCCUCACACACAAGCUCGAGGGAACUAGCUAGCUAGAACACUCGAUCGGCAAAAAGAAGCAAAGCAAGCGGCGCAUCGCAGUCGCGGGCGGCACCACCGGCCAGCAGGAGCAUCAGAUCGAGCGGCGGCCACGCCAUGGCGCAGGAGGGCGGCCUGAGGCUGGUGUCGCACCCGAUCGCGGCGCACGGCGGGCGGCUGACGCGGCAGUACUCGGCGGAGGGGCAGGGCGCGAAGAAGGACAUGUCGCCGCCGCUGGAGUGGUACGGCGUGCCCGAGGGCACGCGGUCGCUGGCGCUGCUGGCGCAGGACAUCGACGCCGACCCCGCCGUGCCGUGGACGCACUGGGUGGUCGCCAACAUCCCGCCCACCACCAAGGGCCUCCCCGAGGGGUUCUCCGGCAGGGAGCAGGGCGCCGCCGCCCCACCGCGCGAGUACGGCGGCUUGCAGGAGGGAAUCAACGACUGGAAGCAGCCCGGGUGGCGCGGCCCCGUGCCGCCCUCCCACGGCCACCGCAUCCAGUUCAAGCUCUACGCGCUCGACGACGAGUUGCACCUUGGCAACAAGGUGACCAGGGAUAAGCUUCUGGAGGCCAUCCAGGGUCACGUGCUGGAAGAAACCGAGCUGGUCGCCGUGUUCCAAGGAGUCGUUUCCAACUAACACCACCAUGGUUCCUCACAUCUCUGUUGGUGUGGUGUGGUGUGCUUUGUAUUUGUGUGGCAACCUUGUAAUUUUGAUCGAAUAAAAAGGGAACUUUACACGGGCUUAUUGUGACCA